GCUAUAGGAGCUCUGCUUGCCGGGAAACAAGAAAAGGGAAUCCCAAAGCAUUCGGAAAUAUUUCCAAGGACAGUCCUUGUGGAUUUUGAUAUAUAGGCCUGUUUUUUGCACAUCAUGCUGAACACUGUGGACUUCAGUGCGCUGGAUUUCCUCUGCGCACAAACCCAGAGUCUGGAGGCACAAUCUAGCCCUCAGAUUCAACCUGAUGCUGCUCGCGGACUGUUGAAGCCCAAAGUGGAGCCACAGGAUGCCGGCUUUUCCGAGUGCUCCAGUGACGGCUACCCGCCGUCUCCACCGACAUACACCGGCGGUUUCUACACCGAGACCGGCCCUUGUAGCGUGGACGCCCUGCUCAGCAUCCUCGCCGAAAUCGUCGGCAUCUCCACGGCACCCAUUUCCGAGCUGAGCGCCGAAAACUUCUGCGGAAACUCUCGCGUCAACGCGUUGUCACGCCAGGAGUCGUUGCUAUCCACGGGGAGCUCGUUGGGUUCGCCGGAACCGUGCUGCAACGACUCGUCGGACGAAUAUAUGGACGGUUCGAGUGUCCAACAGUCUUUCCCAGUGACCGUUAAGGGCGAGUUCGGCAGCAGUUGCCAUGGCUGCGAUGUAUUCACUGGGUUCGGUACUCCAGAUAGUUCGCUCACGCACGAGCCCUCAGACCUGGAUGACAUCAUUGACUUGCUCUCUCCAUUGGGUCCCGAGACGGACUCCGUUAUGGACACGUGGAUCAAGCAAGAGCCACUGGAUCAGGUGCUCCCGCUAAACUACUCACCCAACUUCACUAGCUUUCAGAUUCCCGUUCCGACGCCAAGCGCGUUUGGACUCGGCUGCGCGUUCGACUCUCUGGUCGUAAAGAGCAAAGCGCGAUCCAGGAAGGGCGCGGCCCGCGAGAAGCCCUUCAUCUGCCCGAUGGAGAACUGCGACCGCAGCUUCUCCCGUUCCGAUGAGCUCAACCGUCACGUCCGCAUCCACACCGGCCACAAGCCCUUCCAGUGCCGCGUCUGCCUGCGCUGCUUCAGCCGCAGCGACCACCUCACCACGCACAUGCGCACGCACACCGGAGAGAAGCCGUUCUCCUGCGACGUGUGCGGCCGUCGAUUCGCGCGCAGCGACGAGAGGAAGCGGCACGGGCGAGUGCAUCUCAAACAGCGCGAGAGGAUGCAGCAGAAGACGGAACUGCUGGCCGCAUGCGCGUUUUCUCUUCCAGGACUUGUGUGAGCUCCAGGGACAGUGGUCGUGUUCCCGUUUGUCCCGCUUUGGGAAGUUUAUGGCUCAAGCGUAGCGCAGUUGAUGUGCGCGUGCAGGUGAGUGCUCGAGACACUGGGAGAGUUGAAUGGGACUGAACUGGUCGACUGGUGUUGUGAAGUGUUCAGCAUGCGAUUGAAAGCGACAAGACUCUGACUGUAUGAGAGGAACUGCCUGGGAAAGCCAGACUGUGCGCAACACUUGGACAUUACCUCAACGCUUUAUGUGUCAAACGUGCAACAACAACAACAACAACAGCAGCAGCUAAACACCACAGUUAACAGAGAUGUUGACAGAAAGAUACUUUGAUCACGAGACCAGAAGCUCAGAUGUUGUUUUGACAUUCUGUAUCUUGCAUGUCUCAGUCAGUAUGACGUAAACGUGUUUUGUUGUACACGCGCUGGCAUGCACCAUGUGAUCUGCGUCUUUGAAAUGGUAUUUUGAUACAUCACUUUAUAACCACACGAGAAGAGCUCUAUAUAUUUGUACAUUACUGAUUGUAAUUUUCUAUUGCUCAGUUUACUCAAAGAGUGAUUGUAUUCCACUUAUGUCUGGUUGGUUCUUGGGAACCUG